GCUCGUUCGUUCUCUUUCUCUCAAUCUGGUGGAAAUUUAGGAAGAAGGUUGGUAUUACCAAAAUAAUCAGCCAAAAUCUCAUUCAUCCUAAAUAAUAUCCGACUCAAAUGAAGCUAGAAUGAAAGAAUAAAGGGCAAUCCCUUAACUAAACCACCAUGGCUCCCAAGCGAAAUAAUGUAAUUCCUAAUGCCCAUUUUCACAAAGACUGGCAAAGGUAUGUCAAGACCUGGUUCAAUCAACCUGGACGCAAGAAGCGCAGACGUACAGCUCGCAAAGAAAAAGCCAUAAAGAUUGCUCCCCGCCCAGUGGCUGGUGCCAUCAGGCCCAUUGUACGAUGUCCUACAUUCAAGUACAAUACUAAAAUCAGAGCUGGUAGAGGUUUCACUCUUGAUGAACUGAAGGCUGCUGGUAUUCCUCGCAAGGUUGCCCAAACUAUUGGAAUCGCUGUAGACCACAGAAGGAAAAACAGAUCCACCGAGUCUCUACAGGCCAAUGUUCAGAGACUUAAGGAGUACAAGAGCAAACUGAUUAUCUUCCCCAGGAAGGCUGGCAAACCCAAGCAGGGAGAUAGUGAGGCUGCUGACUUGGAAAAUGCUGUACAGCUUCAAGGAGAAGUCAUGCCGAUCCAACAACCAAGCGUACAGAUUAAGGCUCGUCCAAUCACUGAUGAGGAGAAGAAAUUCAGCGUGUUCAAGACCAUGCGUAUUGAGCGUUCUAAUGCUCGUCUGAUUGGUAUCAGGGAAAAGAGAGCUAAGGAAAAGGCCGAGGCUGAAGCCAUGAAGAAGAAGUAAAUUUGAGAGCAAAAUAAUAAAAAUGUACAUUUACAGAG